GGCCGCCACUCUGCGCAGGAGCCGCGGCCGGGCGGGCGCCGGUCGUGAUGGAGGGACCCGGGCUGGCCUCGCAGUGCAGGAAUCACAACCAUGGCUCCCACCAUCCAGGAUUUGGUCGACAUGGCAUCUGUGCACACGAAAACAAAGAACUUGCGAAAGCAAAAGAAAUUCUUCCUCUUAUAGAGGACUCCAGUAACUGUGACAUUGUGAAAGCUACACAAUACGGAAUUUUUGAACGAUGCAAAGAGCUGGUAGAAGCAGGAUAUGAUGUUAGACAACCAGACAGAGAAAAUGUGUCUCUUCUUCACUGGGCUGCUAUUAACAAUAGGCUGGAGCUUGUAAAGUUUUAUAUUUCCAAAGGUGCUGUGAUAGAUCAGUUGGGUGGUGACUUAAAUUCAACUCCUCUUCACUGGGCUGUCCGACAAGGACAUUUGCCUAUGGUCAUAUUAUUGCUCCAGCAUGGUGCAGACCCCACUCUGAUUGAUGGAGAGGGAUUCAGCAGCAUUCAUCUGGCAGUCCUCUUUCAGCACAUGCCCAUCAUAGCAUAUCUCAUCUCAAAGGGACAGAGUGUGAAUAUGACAGAUGUCAAUGGACAGACACCUCUCAUGUUAUCAGCUUACAAAGUAAUUGGGCCAGAACCAACUGGAUUUCUUUUAAAGUUUAAUCCUUCUCUCAAUGUUGUUGAUAAAACACAUCAGAACACUCCACUUCACUGGGCAGUUACAGCAGGAAAUGUCAGUGCAGUUGAUAAGCUCUUGGAAGCUGGUUCUAGCCUGGACAUCCGAAAUGCUAAGGGAGAAACACCUCUUGAUAUGGCUAUACAAAGUAAAAAUCAGCUCAUUAUUCACAUGCUAAAAACAGAAGCCAAGAUGAGAGCCAACAAAAACCUUCGGCUUUGGAGAUGGCUACACAAAUGCGAGCUUUUCCUGUUGCUGAUACUCUCUAUGAUUACCCUGUGGGCUGUUGGAUACAUCCUGGACUUCAACUCAGAUUCUUGGCUUUUAAAAGGAUGUCUUCUAGUAGCAUUGUUUUUUCUGACAUCUUUGUUUCCAAGGUUUUUGGUCGGCUAUAAAAACCUUGUGUACUUACCAACAGUCUUUCUGCUAAGUUCCAUUUUUUGGAUAUUUAUGACUUGGUUCUUCUUAUUCUUUCCUGAUGCAUCAGGCAGCCCUUUCUAUUUUGCUUUUAUUUUCAGCAUCAUAGCCUUUCUCUAUUUUUUCUACAAGACUUGGGCAACAGAUCCAGGCUUCACUAAGGCUUCUGAGGAAGAGAGGAAAGUGAAUAUCGUCACCCUUGCAGAGACUGGAUGCCUGGACUUGAGAACAUUUUGCACAUCGUGUCUUAUAAGGAAGCCUUUAAGGUCACUCCAUUGCCAUGUGUGUAACUCUUGUGUGGCUCGAUUUGAUCAGCACUGCUUUUGGACUGGACGCUGUAUAGGUUUUGGCAAUCAUCAUCAUUACAUCUUCUUCUUGCUUUCCCUUUCCAUGGUAUGUGACUGGAUCAUAUAUGGAUCUUUCGUCUACUGGUCAAAUCAUUGUACAACAACAUUCAAGGAAGAUGGACUAUGGACCUACCUCAAUCAGAUAGUGGCCUGUUCACCCUGGGUUUUGUACAUCUUCAUGCUAGCAGCUUUCCAUUUCUCAUGGUCAACAUUUUUAUUAAUAAAUCAACUCUUUCAGAUUGCAUUUCUGGGCCUAACUUCCCAUGAGAGAAUCAGCCUAUUAAAGCAGAGCAGGCAUAUGAAACAGACAUUGUCCCUCAGGAAGACACCAUACAACCUUGGAUUUACACAGAACCUGGCAGAUUUCUUUCAGUGUGGCUGCUUUGGCUUAGUGAAGCCCUGCAUCAUAGAUUGGACAACCCAGUACACCAUGGUUUUCCACCCGGCAAAAGAGAAGGUUCUGCGCUCCGUAUGAAGAAGAGCACCUCACAACACACCCUGACUUGGUUUUGUUUAUGCUGAUACUCUCAGAUCUGAAAAUGAAGUGACACGUUGAGCUCCUCACAGUCAAAAGCCCAAUGGGAACACAGUCUUCAGCAAGAGGACCUUCUAUCAGACUUAGAACAAAGGUCUGUUACUGAGCAAUCUGGCAGACAUCUUUAAAAACCUUUCAUAUUUUCCCCAAGAACAUGAGUUACUUUUUUAAAGAAACAAAACAAAACAUAAUAGUACUAAUUAUGGAUCAAAUAGAGUAUUUUCAGAUACUGUAUUGGCUUUUUAAAAAUAGGACUCUUAAACUUGUAAUUUUUGAUAAGUUAUUUGUCUUUGUUGUAUCUAUAAAUAUGUAAAGAAUAUUUAAAUAGAUGUACCUGUUUUGCUUUCACACUUAAUAAAAACAUUUUUUAUACUUGAGACUUACUUUCUGCUGCUUAACAUCUUUAGAAUCUUGAGAAAAUAGAUUGACAGAUACAGUGAAACUAAUUCAUAAUUAAGAAUGAGUUACUGUUAAUGCCAGUAAGCAGUAUUUUACUUAAUUUUCUUCUUAGAAUUUGAAUACAUGAAGUCUUAAAUAUUCAUCU